AUGUUUAUAAAAAACUUCUUUAAAAAACAAUCAAGAUUCGAGAGGAAACUGUUUGAAUCCUCGAUAUUUGAUAAUCAAGAAACUGUUGAUUUGGAAGACGUAAAAUAAAUGCUACAAGGGUUUCCUUGUCUAUCUGAAAUUGACUAAUUAGUUUAAAGUAUGACCUUAGUUUAAGUGUGUCGUGAAUUUCUGAGGCUCAUCCCACAAACACUAGAUAACCAUAAAAAACUAAAAGUUCUCCUCACGAUGCACGUGUUAAUGGGCGACGUCAAACAUGGUAGAUUAUUUGUGUAGUAAUUGAAUUGUUUCAAUGGAUGGGCACCUGUUAAUAAGGAUGAAAUCUUAAACAAGUUCAUCGGAAUUCAAACUAUGAUAAUCCAUAAACUGGCUAGCAUAUAGGAUAUUUGCAAUAGGAGCAAAUUCAAAACCAAUAUUGAGAUUUUUUUCAAAGAUAUCGAUACCUCAGUCAUUCAAUUUUACAAAGCUAUUAAUUGUCUAAACUUCAUUCUAGCUUAAUAUGAUCUAUUCCUCAGUAUUUCUAAAUUGCACAACAGAACCGUAGUAAUGGAAAUUUACUUGCUCAUCUGGAACGAUCUAAUAGCCAUGUAUUUGAUGCUUGAAAGGUUCAUACGACAAUUUAUGGAGUGCUAUACUUAACUUGAUCAAAAAUAAGCACUGUAAGUCUAUGAACUGUUUAAUGAAUAUAACAAAUUAACAGCGUCUGUGAGAUAAUUCGGAUCCAUCAGCAACAAUUUUAAAAAUUGCAAUAUUUCCCAGCCAAAAUGGUACAUACCAACAAAAAGGGAGUAGGAUGAAUUACAGUUAUAUUUUUAGAAUGUUAAAAUAUAUCUAACAAGUAGAACAAAAAGAUAGAAAAUUGAAAAGUCUGCUUCUUAGGUCUUGAGGGUUUGUCAAAGCACAGAUAGGAACUAUAGAAAAUCAACUUCAUUUGUUGGGCAAAAAGGAGAUAAUUUUCUUUAAAAUACUACUUUAGGGUAUAUGAAGAAAAUAUCUACUGCCGUAAAUCCAAUUGCAUUCUAAUACACAUUUGAGAGUGAAUCAAAAACUGAAAUAUAAUAGAAAUGAUUUAUAUAUCAAAAUUUAUGAUAUUGAAACAUA